AACUUUGAAUGCAUCUCUAAAUCGUUAUUAAAAACUCCUGAUUGCUGGAAGUACAUCAAAGGAAUGCCCAACCCUACUCAGAUCGCUGGUAAAUGCAAUGGUGUCACCAAUUUCCUCGAAUGUGCCGAAGACGAUCUUGACAUUAGCUGUGGGGAACUAGCCGUGACAUUGUUGAAGGCAUCAGUACAAGAGCUGGGCUGUAUAGAAGAGAGUGCCGAUCGCCAGGCUAUCCUAAACCAAGCGAACUCUACUGCAAUGUUGACUGAACAGUUCAGACGAGAUUAUCCAAAAAUGCCUGAGAUUGCGUUCGUUGAAGAUAGUAAUAGCACACUUCCUACAAGUAGGUUUUUCAGAGCUUUUUUAUAUUCACUGACUGAAACCGAGUAG